AUGGUUAGAAAAAACCUGACUGAUAGCGAAUGGAUAUUUGAUUUUCGCACAAAUCCAUGCUACUCUGAUUCUGAUUCCGAAUGCACCGACGGCGAGACGAAACAACCUACGUCUACCCAUAUCGACGAUUUGGACGACAUUGACCUGUCCAACAGAGAAGAAAAUGUCACCUACAAACCCAAUCCGUUUAGCAUUGCCAAAAUAAACGCUGCAUAUCGCUCCAAAUCCAACGCCACUGAAAAGACAAUGCCUCGUACUUUAGGUUUGCACAGACGAACAAGCAAACAGAAACCUGUGCAGAGUACCAUAAUAGACGGAUUUAAGACUCAAGCUUCAAAGAAAAAAACAGCUAAAAACCACUUUAAACAAGCAGACUCCUCGAAAUCUUUUCUGAAAGGCGGAAUAUCCGAUUUGGCACAUCUAGCCCCUAACGAGCAUUCUGACGUGACGUCGUCGAACACCAUCAUAAAAUCGUCGUGCGAUGAGAGUCUACCUGAGGCUGCACCUACCGUCCCCGCUGCAGUAGAUAUGGGUUCAACUCGAUAUAAGCUGGAGCCUUCUCCUACUCCCCAGACAGUGCCCAAUCAGACACUUGGACCUACAAAUGCGCAUAUAUCAACUAGAAGCAACAUCGAUCCAUUACAAGAUGCGAGACCGGGCAGUGGCGUUAUGAAUUGCAAUGCUCCGCCUUCUCUGCUUUACAACGAAGUGUCGUCAAGUUCUCUGAACCACAACCGUCCAUGUCUAUCUUCCCCAAUACGUGCCCCUCAAGUUGCUUUCAGCCUUUAUCCCUCGUCUUUUUCCUCGCCUCUUAAGCCGCAUGCUGCUUCUUAUCCAGACCGCGACGCUGUUUAUCCGUUAGGCUUUAGGGAGCCAUUUGUACCACACAACAAUCAAGAAUCAAGAGAAUUAUAUCCUCAUAGAAAAUAUGGACCUCAUGUAGAGAAAAUUGGCCAAGAUACAGUGUCUCUCAGUGUCGCGCCCUCCAUUUUUUGUGCAAAUUCGGACGUGAUUCGUGAAGAUUUACAGGAUCGGUCUCAAUGCAUGACAUCUGCACAAUCACAAACCUCAACGAAAUACUUCCAGAAAACCGAAUAUGUCCACCAGCACAACCGGAAGCGUAACAUAACCCAACAUGAUGCGUACAAUACGCUUAAUGAUCCUGAUGAAGAAUGGUCGACACUACCUGUGCGAAAACGGGCCAGGAUGAAAUCAAAUGCACAAACUCUCCCAGCACUUAGCAAAUCAUUUCGGCUACCAGGUAUACUUCCUCUUGGAACGACGACCAAGGCAUCCAGUACCGCCAAGUCUGGGAUGCGGGUACAUAUGUAUCUUCCGCCACCACCUAACUGUGCCCCAUCCGAUGUCCUCAGCAUUCCAUCGACUAUCAAGGAUGAAUAUGAUCAAGGGCACAAUGGCUAUAAUCACAAAAAUAAUUCAUCAUCCGUCGAAACACAUGAUAAUUCGGUUCAACUUCCCUCAAGCUCGAAGUCAUCCAAUGAACUUCGACACACUCCUCCCCCGGAUGAUGCACACAAUUUAGAUCACUUCGAUACUGAAGUACGGCUCAAUAUAGAUAUGAAGACAAUGCGAAAGAGGUACCCUGAAAAAAGAGCCUUUUUACGCGAGGUUUUCUAA